CCAUGAACCAGGCCUUCUGGAAAGCUUACAAGUCCAAAGUGCUACAGACCCUGAGUGGGGAAUCUGAGGAGGACCUGGCAGAGGAGGUGGGUACCAACCAUGCUUGCUGAGUGGGGCCUGGGCAGAGGGGCAGCAUGAGUGUAAGGUACAAAGAAGGGCAAGGGACAGGCUCAGAGAGAGAGAGGGCACAUUUGUGCAGAAGCAAUUGGCACAUUGAGGGAUGACAAAUGGCAUGGUGCAGUGUCAGAAAGCCAGGACAUUCAAGAACACUGAGGAAGAAAAGAAGACCUGAGGGCACCAGAGGAGUGGUUGCUGUCUCCAGAGAUCUCAAGGGCUGCCACAUGGAAGAGAUCCUUCUAGGACCAGUGUGCAGUAGCCACACGUGGUACACUUAGCUCAACACAACUUUUUAAUGGGCAGAGCUGAGCAGAAGCAGGAUGGCUUGCCUUGAGAGGAAGUGAGCUCCCUAGUAUUCAAAGUAGAGGACGUGGCCCUUGUACUCUGAGGGUCACUGUAGCACCAUCAGAUCAGAGCCAUCCUUGGACCGUGUUUGUCCUGACAUCAAAAGGAUUGAAAAGGCUCUGAAACAGCCUUAGGUCUGGAGGCCGUGAUAAGUGGCAGUUGUGCAAAUAGAUGCGGCAGGGGCAGGAAGUCCUUCUGUGGCGUGUGUGUGAAUAAGUGUAUGUCUAGACAGGUGGGUGUCCAGGGCCGGGCUUGUGUAGAAGUACUUGUGGGUCAGUAUUAGGACUGUGGAAUCUCAGUGAAGGUGUAUGUGCAGCUAUGAACUGGGUAUAGGUAUUUUCAGGUGUGUACAUUUUGGGCAGAAGUCUAUGCCAGCAUACCUCUGUGCAGGCAUUUGCAGGUGUUAUGUUUGUAUGGUGCAUGUGUUUGGGUGUGUACACAUCUGUCUCUUGGUGUCUGUGGAUGUGUCAAGAGGUUUUGUGUGCCAUGGGUGGGCCUCUGUGCAUCUGUCUGCAGUUGUGUAAGUGCACAGGUGUGAAUGGUAUGUGUCUGUGUCCUUGUGUAGUUUCCUCAUAGUAUGAACCUCGAUGUACAGGUGAAGAGCAGUAGCCAUGGGGAGGCAUGGUCAUGUACAGGUGUGUGCCUACAUCAGCGUGCAUGCCCUGGUCCACAUGUUAUUGGGUAUAUCUGGAGGUGUCUGUGGGUGGGCAGGUAUGUGUGCUUAAGGCCAUCUGCAGGGAUUUACUAUGUGGGUGAUGGAUGUGGCUAGUAGCUUUGUGUAGAGGAAUACCUGUAUGCGUUUGUGGAGAGUGCAAGGGGACUAGAUAUGUGCUUAGUUCUGUGGGGUUUGGGGUGCCUGGUCUGUAUGUACCAGGCUAGCAGUAGGAGAGGGAGGUCCCAUUCCUCUGGGGUCUCUCUCAUGCUGGGUGGGGGUCUUGUGUCCCAGAGGGAGAACCCAGCCUUAGUGGAGUCUGAGACAGCGGAACCCACUGAAGAGGCCUUCAGUCCCAUGUCACAGCUGGCCCGCCGGGUUCAGGGGGUCGGGGUAAAAGGUUGGCUGACAAUGUCAUCUCUGUUUAACAAAGAAGAUGAGAACAAACUGCUACCACCGGAGCCCUGUGCUGACCACCCGCUGGCUGCGCGGCCCUCCUCGCAGGCUGCGGCGGCGGCGGAGGCGGAGCCGCGCGGGCCCGGCUUUUGGGACGCGUUCGCCAGCAGGUGGCAGCAGCAGCAGGCCGCGGCGGCGUCCAUGCUGCGCGGCGCCGAACCCACCCCGGAGCCGGACCCCGAAGCUGCGAACGAGGCCGCGGAGGAGGCCACCGAACGCCCCGAGUCGCCGGAGGCCGACGCUGCGACCGGCUUCAAGUGGGGCUUCCUCACCCACAAACUGGCCGAGAUGAGGGUGAAGGCUGCGCCCAAGGGCGACUAGCAGGCCGGCUGAACUGCGUGCCCGCUCCUCCCCUCCGCUCAUAAAAACCCUGGCCCGACA